CUUCUCCUAGGCGGUCCUUGUUUUUGCCGGUCCUUUGAAAGUCUCGCGAUAGCUCUCCCGCUUCCCAUAACUCCGUGCGCUCUCCCCUCCCGUUCUCUUUCCGCCAUCUUUCCGCGCCGCCAUAAUGGUGCGCAUGAAUGUCCUGGCGGAUGCUCUCAAGAGCAUCAACAAUGCCGAAAAGAGAGGCAAACGCCAGGUGCUUAUUAGGCCGUGCUCCAAAGUCAUCGUCCGGUUUCUCACUGUGAUGAUGAAGCAUGGUUACAUUGGCGAAUUUGAAAUCAUUGAUGACCACAGAGCUGGGAAAAUUGUUGUGAACCUCACAGGCAGGCUAAACAAGUGCGGAGUGAUCAGCCCCAGAUUUGACGUGCAACUCAAAGACCUGGAAAAAUGGCAGAAUAAUCUGCUUCCAUCCCGCCAGUUUGGGUUGCCUCAAUGAAAUACAAGAGGAUACAAACAAAUGGAAGAACAUUCCAUGCUCAUAGGUAGGAAGAAUCAAUAUCGUGAAAAUGGCCAUACUGCCCAAGGUAAUUUAUAGAUUCAAUGCCAUCCCCAUCAAGCUACCAAUGACUUUCUUCACAGAAUUGGAAAAAACUACUUUAAAGUUCACAUGGAACCAAAAAAGAGCCCGCAUUGCCAAGUCAAUCCUAAGCCAAAAGAACAAAGCUGGAGGCAUCACGCUACCUGACUUCAAACCAUACUACAAGGCUACAGUAACCAAAACAGCAUGGUACUGGUACCAAAACAGAUACAGACCAAUGGAACAGAACAGAGCCCUCAGAAAUAAUGCUGCACAUCUACAACCAUGUGAUCUUUGACAAACCUGACAAAAACAAGAAAUGGGGAAAGGAUUCCCUAUUUAAUAAAUGGUGGUGGGAAAACUGGCUAGCCAUGUGUAGAAAGCUGAAACUGGAUCCCUUCCUUACACCUUAUACAAAAAUUAAUUCAAGAUGGAUUAAAGACUUAACUGUUAGACCUAAAACCAUAAAAACCCUAGAAGAAAACCUAGGAAAUACCAUUCAGGACAUAGGCAUCGGCAAGGACUUCAGUCUAAAACACCAAAAGCAAUGGCAACAAAAGCCAAAAUUGACAAAUGGGAUCUAAUUAAACUAAAGAACUUCUGCACAGCAAAAGAAACUACCAUCAGUGGAUAUGGCUCCUCUUUCUUUCUGCCAUGGUGAUGGGCGAUUAUGCCCAAGAGCGGCUGCUUCAUUUGCUUGGCACAGGAGUGAGGGUGACAAUGCAGAGAUCCAGCCACCCAGCAAUGGGUGUGUAGCAAGAGCAAGAAAUGACCCUUUUGUGAAUUAAGCAACUGUGAUUUGGCGUUUUUAUAACCUAACGUAUCUUGACUGAUACAAAUGCUUAGAGAGAGCAACCUCUGAUAUUUAGUAAGGGCUUAUUCAGUGGCAGAAUAGAAAACAAUGGGAUCUAGAGUAAUAAAAGGGAUUAGCCUUCUCUUUGUCAGUUAGGGAUGUCAAGAGAUUAUCUGUAGCUCCCUGUGCUCGCAACAUGCCUGUCUUCCAUGACCAGCCUGUACCCCCCUCCCUCGACAUGUUUUUGUUUUUGUUUUUGUUUUUCCCAGACAGGGUCUCACUGUGUCACCCAGGCUGGAGUGCAAAUCGACCUUCUGGGUUCAAGCGAUCCUCUUGCCUCACUCUCCCUAGUAGCUGGGACUACAGGCAUGUACCACCAGGCCCAGCAAAUUUUUUAUUUUUUGUAGAGAUGGGGCCUCACUAUUUUCUCUAGGCUGGUCUCAAACUCCUGGGCUCAAGCAGUUCUCCUGCCUCUACCUUCCAAAGUGCUGGGAUUAUAGGUGUGAGCCAUUGUGCCCAGCCACAUGGUUCUUAAAUACUCACCCGCACCCCAAACCCUCUGACACAUGCGUUUAGUCCCGGGGUGGGGCAACUGACUCAACCCAGGUUGAAGAUACUUUAGGAUAUUUUGAACCUGGGAGAUGUGAGGGUUGUCUCUUUAAAAUGGUGGAAAUUGUGAGAUAAUUGGGAAUGGCACUACUGAUCCUCCUAAUUUAUUUUUAAUUUUUUUUUUAGGCCGAGGUGGGUGGAUCACCUGAGGUCAAGAGUUUGAGACCAGCCCGGCCAAUAUGGUGAAACCUCGUCUCUACUAAAACUACAAAAAUUAGCAGGGUGCGGUGGCAGGCGCCUGUAAUCUGAGCUACUCGGGAGACUAGGACUACAGGUGCCUGCCACCGUGCUUGGCUAAUUUUUGUAUUUUUACAAAGUUUUAAAUAAAAAUUGCUUAAAGCUGAAAAUUGGGUGGGUGCAGUGGCUCACGCCUAUAAUCCUACCACUUCAGGAGGCUGAGGUGGACAGAUUACUUGAGCCCAGGAGUUCGAGAUCAGCUUGGGCCACAUGAUGAAAUACCAACUCUACAAAAAAUACAAAAAGUAGCCAAGCCUAGAGGUACACACCUGUAGUCCCAGAUACUCCACUGAGGUGGAAGGAUCACCUGAACCUGGGGAGGUUGAGGCUGCAGUGAGGUGUGAUCGCGCCAAUGCACUCCAGCCUGGGCGACAGAGCGAGAUACUGUCUCAAAAGACACAAAAAUGAAAAAUAAAAAAUAAAAGCUGAAAAAUUUGUAUUUAAUAUUUUGAAAACUUAAAUCUUGUUGCAUAUUAUUAAAUAACUUUUCCCAGUUCUAGCGUUCAAUGUCAGUCUAAUUGCUCAUCUAAAGGACUGAUAUUGCAUCAUACAUGUUGUGUCUCGAUCUUAUAUACAAAUUAGAGAGUGAUACAAAUUGUUUAAAUGGCUAAAUGUUCCUCAGCUACGGUGAGUAGCCAUAUUAGUCUCUUUUAAAAAUUUUUAUUAUUUUUAUUUAAACAAAGUUUUAAUUUUUUUUGUAGAGACAGGGUCUCAUUAUGUUGCCCAGGCUGGUCGGCCACAAAUGAUCCUCCUGCCUCAGUCUCCCAAAGUGCUGGGAUUAUAGGCAUGAACUAACAUGCCUGACCCAUAUUCCUCUCUAACUCAUGAGUAUGUCUGGAGGCACAAUUUGGAACAUGAGGAGAAACAGAAAAAUGGAUUCUCAGCACUUGUGAGAAAUGAUACUUGUUAUACAAGAAUCUACUGCAUUCAGGCUCCCUGAGAAGAGGAAUUUAAGAAUUAAUUUCUGCUUCCUCUUAAGUGUUUCAACACUCAAGUCCUUUGCAUACUCUGAAGCAAUGUGUGUCUCCAACACUGAUAGCAGCUGCAACCCACAAACCUUCCUGACAUAGAAUAGUUGCAUUCAUUCAUUCAUUUAUUUGCCGCACAGGCUGGAGUGGCAGUGGCACGAUCUUGGCUUACUGCAACUUCCACCUCCCUGGUUCAAGCCAUUCUCCUGCCUUAGCUUCCCGAGUAGCUGGGAUUACAGGUGUGCACCACCACGGCCGGCUAAUUUUUGUAUUUUUUAGUAGAGAUGGGGUUUCACCAUGUUGGCCAGGCUGGUCUCAAACUCCUGACCUCAACUGAUUUGCCUGCCUCGGCCUCCCAAAGUGCUGGGAUUACAGGCGUGAGCCACCACACCUGGCCAUAGUUGCCUUUUGUUUUGAGAUUUUAGGACAAGAGAUGAUCCUUUUUUUUUUUUUUUUGAGACAGAGCUUUGCUCUUGUUGCCCAGGCUGGAGUGCAAUGGUGUGAUGUCGACUUACCGCAACCUCUGCUUCCCGGGUUCAAGCCAUUCUCCUGCCUCAGCCUCCAGAGUAGCUGGGAUUACAGGCAUGUGCCACCAUGCCCGGUUAAUUUUGUAUUUUUAGUAAAGAUAGGGUUUCUCCAUGUUGGUCAGGCUGGUCUUGAACUCCCAACCUCAGGUGAUCUCCCCGCUUCGGCCUCCCAAAGUGCUGGGAUAACAGGCAUGAGCCACUGCGCCCGACAGAGAUGAGACAUUCUUUGGGGCCUGAACAGUGUUCGUUAUGAAAUGGAUGUUUAGGGCUGCAGAUUGUGCUGAGCCAGUACUGAACAUAAGAUCCUGAGUGGACAGGAACACCUUUGUGGUCACUAGUAAAUCUGUUUUUAAGAGCUGGGAUAGUGGCUAACACCUGUAAUCCCAGCACUGUGGGAGGCUGAGGUGGAAUGAUCAUUUGAGCCAGGAGUUUGAGACCAGACUGGGUAACGUAACAAGACUCUGUCUCUACAAAAAAGAAAAAAAUUAGCUGGGUGUGGUGGCAUGAGUCUAUAGUCCCAGCUACUCAGGAGGCUGAGGUGGGAGGAUCGCUUGAGCCUAGGAGGUCAAGGCCGUAGUGAGUCAUGCUUGUGCCACUGCACUCCAGCCUAUUUGAGACAGAUAAUGUGUUUCAAAAAAAAAAAAAAAACUCUUGGCCGGGUGUGGUGGCUCGUGCUUGUAAUCCCAGCACUUUGGGAGGCCAAGGCAGGUGGAUCACCUGAGGUCAGGAGUUUGAGACCAGCCUGGCCAACAAUGGUGAAACCCCAUCUCUAUUAAAAAUACAAAAAUUUGCUGGGCUGGUGGCACGCACCUGUAAUCCCAGCUACUCGGGUGGCUGAGGCAGGAGAAUCGCUUGAAGCCAGGAGGCAGAGGUUGCAGUGAGCCGAGAUGGUGCCACUAUACACACUCCAGCCUGAGCAAUAAGAGCAAAACUCCAUCUCAAAAAAAAAAAAAAAAAAGAAAAAUCCAUUUAAAAAAAUAAUAUAUUUGUGAGAUGGAGAGCCAAUCUUGCUAGGAACUGAGGGGGUUACUGGCUGCAAGGGAGAUGGGGAAAACAAGUCCUGGCCUCCACCUAGGGGAUCUAUAGACUCACAAUGUAGGAAUUUCCGCGGAGACAGAGGAGCCCUUUAAAGAUACUGUGCGGCCCAAAAUGGUGGAGUAGGGAAUUCCAGGGCUCUGUCCCUCCCCUAAUACAACUAAUGAGGUGGCAAAAACUGUCAGAAUCAACUUCUGAAGUACUCUGGAUCUAGCUUUUUGUUAUAUUUCAUUUUUUUGAGAUGGGGUCUCUUUCCCCCAGACUGGAGUGCCAUGGUGCAAUCUCAGCUCACUGCAGCCUUGACCUCCCACCUCAGCCUCAGAGUAGGUGGGAUCAUGGGCGGAGGCCACCACGCCAGGCUAAUUUUUGUAUUUUUUGUAGAGGCAGGGUUUUACAAUGUUGCCCAAGCUGGUCUUGAACUCCUGAGCUCAAGCAAUUCACCAGCCUCGGCCUCCCAAAGUGCUGGGAUUACAGGCUUGAGCCACCGCACCCAGCCUUCUAGAUUUUUAAAAGGGAAACAAACAGACUUACAACUACCAAGGAAAAAUUUGGAGAAAGAAAGCUCUGAGGCUGGGCGCGGUGGCUUGUGCCUGUAAUCCGAGCACUUUGGGAGGUCAAGGCGGGUGGAUCACCUGAGGUCAGGAGUUCGAGACCAGCCUGGCCAACAUGGUGAAACCCCGUCUCUACUAAAAAUACAAAAAUUAGGUGGGGUGCUGUGUGGCUCACGCCUGUAAUCCCAGCCUUUUGGGAGGCCGAGGCUGGUGAAUCACCUGAGGUCAGGAGUUCAAGACUAGCUUGGUCAACAUGGGGAAAUCCCAUCUCUACUUAAAAUACAAAAAAAAAAAAAAAAAAUAGCUGGACGUGGUAGUGCAUGCCUGUAUUCCCAGCUACUUGGGAGGCUGAGGCAGGAGAAUCGCUUGAACCUGGGAGGCAGAGGUUGUAGUGAGCUGAGAUUAUGCUAUUGCACUCUGGCCUGGGGGACAGAGUGAGACUCUGUCUCAAGAAAAUAAA